CAAGAAAUGGACUUGGAUUCAGAAAGCAAGCAUGAGGAUGCGGAUGACGACGACGACGAAGCGAUGGAUAUUAGUGAUGAUGAUAACGACGAGGGAAUGGAUGUCGACAAUGGCGACAGAGCUCGAGUUGACGGUGACGAGUCAGGCAAUGGUGCCGACGACGAAACAAGUUGUGUUGAUGAUUCAGAUGACUUCGACGAAGAAGAUUUCUUGUACGAAGGUGACGAUUCAGAUUCCGAUGAAAGCCAAUGCACUAUUCCCGCCACUCCUACAAGUAAGGCCCAAAUCGUCGACUUUGCCAUCAUCGUCACGAUGUCAAAAAAGGCCACCAUUGGCAAGACACAUCAACACCGUGCGUGGUCAAAAGUUACCAGCCAAAGUGUUCCCUUCAUCGCGGAGAUCAAGCGAUUUCCCAGCCGACGAAUAGCUGUGAAUGACCUGCGGGAAGAGAUCGCAUUAAAUAUUUCAUAUGCGUGCGAUCAGGUCAUUCUUCACGCCCUUCUCGUGACCAACAUCACGAGAUAUACCAGGGUCGCGCCUCGAUGGUCUCAGAUGGUCAAGCUCGAAUCUGCCGCAUCUAAUGCAAGGAUGAAGGAGUUUGGUAGGCGCAUCUAUAGAAGCAUAUCUGGCUGAUUGAAUUGGAACUACUAUGUACCCUUGGAACCCAUAAUGUUCAGUCCGUUAGAUAUCG